AGCUCUAACUAUUACUAUCUGCGUAGCGAUAUUAAUCAUUAUGUUACAAUCGUGUCCUCUAGAAAACCCUCAAGGUCUACGUAAGUUAAUCAAUGCUGGUAUCAAUUUACCUUCUUAUGACUCGCAGAGAGAUUUUGACUAUCACUACAUACAUGAAGUUUUCUCUCAUUUGCCUAAUGACUAUACUAAUUCACACUUAGAGGGCUGGUUCAAGACAAAUAUCUGGAGCGUAAUAGUAGACUGUUGUCUUUUAGAUGUGGGAAGAAAAAGUUCGGAAGUUAGAAAGUUUCUUGGCCGUAAGUAUGAUGGAAUAUUACGGGAAUUAGGGACACUGAAUGAGUUUGCAAUAAGUGAAGAAGGUAGAUUAUGGGAUGGAGUAGACAGAACGAAGUACUUGAGUGAUAGAUUAAGGAAACUACCAAAAAUGAUGCGAGAUACACUAGGCAAAAAAGUAAAAAAGUUAAAACUUAGUUCUGUAAUAUCUCACCAACUAGAGAUUGUAGGCUUCCUUCAAUCUGGGCAAUAUCUCCAGCAGUUAGUCAUGGACAUUCCAUGUGGAUCUAUUUGUCGACUACGCAGAUAUCCUUCUACAAAAAUUCUGGAAAAAUUGGAUGAGAUAGAUGAACCAAUUACCAUGGUGAACGAUAUGCUAGUUGCGAAG